GAAGGUCAGCUGAUCAGUGGAAACCGGAAGCUGAAGGGAAGUUUAGCUCCGAUGGUUCUUCUCCGGUGUUGCUUCUGAUCACGUUAUUUCGCGGUUUUAAUUGAGUGUUUUCUGAUUAAAUGUGUAUAUUACGGUUCUGUGGGUGUUUGCAGCACUGAGACGGAGACAUGUUCACUGCUGACGAUGAAGACGGAGAUUUCAUGUCUCCUACAGGAGGGGCAAAAUUAGCUUCUCUGUUCAGCUUGGACCAGACGGCCAACCAGGCCAAUGAGUCGUUCCAGUACACGGCCCCCAAACAGCCUCGUAAGAGCUCAGGUCCACCUGCUCAGAAAGCCGCUCCUCCUCCCGGAUCACCUGCUGUGCUCUUCGCCACGGCCGUUCACGCCUACAGAUAUGUUAAUGGACAGUAUGUGAAGCAAGGCAAGCUGGGAGCUGCAGUGUUAGGAAAGCACACGAACAAGGAGUAUAAGCUGCUGCUGUACGCCAGCCAGCAGAAACCAGUGACGGCGGCCAGGAUUCACUCAGCCUUCUCCUUCACUGUCCAGCCCAGUAACUACUGCACCUUUUAUGAUGAUCAGAGGCAGAACUGGUCUCUCAUGUUCGAGUCGGAGAAAGCAGCCACAGAUUUCUGCAAAGAGGUGUGUCUGGCUAAAGCGAACGGCACUUCUCCUCUGGACAUGCUGGUGAUUCAGGACCUGGUUCUCGGGGAGGGUCAGGUUGUAGAGAACGGAGACUCUCUGGAGGUAGCCUACAGCGGCUGGCUGCUGCAGAACCACACCAUCGGCCAGAUGUUUGACUCUAAUCUAAAUAAGGACAAGCUUCUGAGAAUGAAGCUCGGUGCUGGAAAAGUCAUUAAGGGCUGGGAGGAGGGCAUGCUGAACAUGCGUAAAGGAGGACGCCGUCUCCUUGUGAUUCCCCCGGCUCUGGCGUACGGAUCGCAGGGCGUCCCGGGCCGAGUCCCUGCAGACAGCACUUUGGUGUUCGAGGCAGAAAUUCGUAGGGUGAAGUUUGCUAAAGAAGCCGGAUCUGAGAGGACGGCCGUGAGCUCCAGGGACACCGCUGUCCCCUCUCCUGUCCCCUCUCCUGUCCCCAGCGUGGAGAGCCUGGGGCUGGAUCUCACCUCAGCAGCCAGCAGAUCAGGUGAACCACCUCUAAGAGCUAAAUCCAACUCACUGAGUGAGCAACUAGCAAAUCCGGAUGCAACCAAAGCCAAGCUCAUCUCCCGCAUGGCCAAGAUGGGUCAGCCUAUGUUGCCCUUCCUCGCCGGUCCAGCAUCAUCGUCCUCACAAGCCGAGUCCAGCGACUCUGAACUGGAGGACCCGAGUGUGUCCCGAUUGAAAGAGCGUCCUCCUGCACCCUCCCCUCAGCCAGUCCACCUCACGUCUGGUCCUUCAGCCUCACUACAGGCCACAGCCUUGAUGCCUGUUUCCAUGGCAACAGCCAAUCCCCAGCCUGUGAUGCCCAUGGCAGGUCAUGGCUUCCAGCCGUACUCUUACACUCAGUCCACUACGGCUCCCUCUCACUUACAACCGGUGGGACAGAUUUACCCUUCACAGACCGUGCCUUACCAAGGAAGUGGUGAUGUCACAUCCUUCUUGAUGACAGAAGCCCGGCAGCACAACACCGAGAUCCGAAUGGCCGUCAGCAAAGUGGGAGAUAAAGUGGACCAAUUAGCUUCCAAGGUCGAGGAGCUGCACAAGCAGGGCGGGCUCUCUCUGGGCUUGUCCAAUGUCUCCAUGGAUACGGCGAUGAUCAUGCACACCAUCCAACGCAUCAUCCAGGAAAACGAGUGCCUGAAGAAAGAGGUGUUUGAGAAAAGCUCGCGCAUCGAAGAGCAGAACCGCAAGAUCGGAGAACUCAUCCACCAGAACCAGAGGUGCAUGGAGCAGAGUAAUAUGCUUAUGGAGCAGCGGAAUGACUCUCUGAAGAACUCGAGUGAGCAGAACCAGGCACGAAUACUGCAGGCAGAACAGGAAAAGCAUGCACUGCCACAGGACAUGGGCAGGAACCAGGCGAGGUUGACGGACGAGCUGGCCAGCGCUACAGCGCGGGUGUCGGAGCUGCAGUUGGAGCUGACUGCACAGCGUCAGAAAGCAGCGGCGCUGCAGUCGAGCCUGAACACCGCCCUGCAGGAGGGACAGCAGCACGGCGCACAGCUCACGGCUACGGAGAACCAGCUGCAGGAGAUGAAGGAGUUGGCAGAGCGGGUGCAGGUGCAGUACAGAGCUGAGAAGCAGAAGCGGAAGGAGGUGGAGCUGAAGCUGAGUAACCUGGACGAGGAGCUGCAGGACUUGAAGAGCGAGAAAGAGAGUCUGGAGCGAACUCUGUCAGACAGGAAGAAGAAGUGGCAAGCGGAGAGGCAGCGCUGUGAUGAGGAGUUGGAGGAGGUGAGGAAGGCCAGUCAGAUGGAGAUGGACCAACUCCGGAGUCAACUGCGUAAAGCCCGGACCAACACAGACCAGGCAGCUGCUGAGCAGUUAGCACAGCUGCAGGCAGAUGUGGAGCGCGAGUGGCAGGCGAAGUGUGAGCGAGCUCUGGCUUCAGCACGAGAACAACAGAAGAGAGAAGUGACAGAGCUCACAGAGCAGAGAGACACACUGCAGCUCAAACUCUCCCAGCUACAGGACAAGUUCUCUGCUAUGAAGCAGUCCAGAGAGGAGGAGGAGCAACGGUUACUACGCCAACAAGACCAGGGGGAGGAGCUUCAGGCCCUGAGAGAUAAGUGUUGUGAGUUGGAGAAGAGGGCGGAGUCACUGAGGCAGCAGGGAGAGACGCGAGUUGCAGAGCUGGAGAGGAGACUGGCAGAGCAGCGGCAGCAAACAGACACUACAGGAGAGGUGAAGCGUGUGAUGAAUGGAGUGUUCCAAUCUUUACGAGGGGAGUUCGAGCUCCAUGAGACGUACACCGGCAGUGUGGUGCUGGGCGUGCUGGUCAACACCAUUAAGAGCGUCACCCUGCAGCUGCUCUCGAAAUCUGAACCGUCCUCAACUGAGAAUAACGAGAAAGAGGAGGAUGAAGAUGAAGAGGAGGAAGAGAAGGACAGCAGGAGUGAAGUGCAGCCCGAAGAGCAGGAGAACCACGCAGAGGAGUUACAUAUGAACGGAAAGAAAGAAGAUGUGGAAGAGGAGGAGGAAGAGGAAGAUGGUGACCAGAUGCAAGUGACAGGGGAAAAAAGUAAAGAACCAGAGACGGUGGAGGAGGACAAGGAGGAUGAGAAGGGUGGACAGGAAGUCGUCAGAGGUAACGAGGAAGAGAAGGUUGAACAGGAAGUCGUCAGAGUUAAACAGGAUAUGAAAGGUGAACAGGAAGUCGAAGGCACUAAAGAGGAAGUGAAGGAGACAGGAAAGGAAUCGGAUAGCCUUGAAGCCGACGGUGAGAACCGAGGAGAGCCCGUGCAGUCUGACAUCACAGCACAGAUUCAGACGCAGAAUGAUGUCAUUCCCAAAGAGGAAGUGAACGUAGGUCCAGUCGGUGACAUCACACCUGAAGAGGAAGUGGUGGCUAAGAGUGAGAGCACUUUGGGUCUGUCAGAUGAAUCGGAACCGGAUGAAACCAUUCACACCGGACCCCCGAAGAACCCCCCACCACCCCCAAACCCUGCGGAAGAGGACGGCACAGAAACGGUACCACAGCCCAGCGGUCCAUCUGAGCGGGCACAAGGGGUGAAUUCAGAGGAGCCAUUUUUCCAGAGCCCCGCCCCGACUAAACCUCCACCACUACCAACCAGUGAGGAAGAUGAGGAGGAGGAGGAGCUGAGUUUAAAAGGACGGCCCCCUCCCGCCCCUCUGUUUGGAGACGACAGUGAUGACGACGAUCUGGACUGGCUGAGCUGACUUUCACCCUCAACCAAGAACCAAAACCACCACCGCCUGUCUCCUGGGUAACGGUUCCCAUUGGAAACAGACACCAUGGAGACGGAACUCGAGAGGGAUAAAGGAAGCAGCUAGGCUGGAAUCUGAAGCUCCGCCUCUUUUCCCAAACUCUUCACUGUUGUCCAUGUUUCCAAAGGAGAGCAGCACUUCCUGGAAUUAGUCUGACUGGAAAUCCAUUUAUAACUCAAUCACACAUUAAUCUCUCAAUCUAGAUUUCAUUUGUAGCCUGAAACGUGACCAUGAAAUGAUUACACACUUUUUAAAGACGUUUUAAUGUGCCAGAACUCGAUUGCUCUGAAUCAGUGGUUUAGUGGACGAGGGUAAUAACGGUCAUGACAGUGUGGACUAGCUGCUGUAUGCAUGUGUCUUAAGGCUUGUAUCCUUUAUUAGCAGAAAGGUAUUCUGGAUUAAUAUAAUAAAAGACGAGCUGGCUAAUCUUCUAAAACAGCUUAUUUCCUUGAAAUGUAAACUAGAACUGCUUUAGACUGGAUUUUAAUAUUGUUGAUAUUUGGUAUUUGGGUCAGUUACAUGCACAGAGGCCACGCCUCCUUCAGUGGGAGUAACGGGCACAGAAGCCACACCACCCUGUUACUGAAUAAUUUCCUAGAACAGCACAUACCUGUUGGGUUUUAUUCAUUACUUACACCACAGUGCUGCUGAAUUCUCAAAUCUGAUUGGGCAGAAGGUGUUGAUUAAUUUUCUAUCACAGCAGUUCUGACAGUAGUGCAGCUGCAAAUCACAGGUUUAUAUUAAUGCGCUCGUUCUAUGUUGUCGUUUCUAUAGUAACAACAACAGGGAGUAAGUUAUAAAAGGAUUUAAGAGACGACUUAGAGACGUGCAGCUGUAACUUUACGUUUUCUGACAUCGAGCUACAUUUUUUUUGGUACUUUGGUAUAUAGAGAGAGAGAGAGAGAGAGAGAGAAAGAAGUGAGGCUGGUAAGUUAACAAGCUUCUUCUACAACAUUAAAUGUAACUAUAAAUGGAUAAAACAAUAGAGCUCUUUUAUUCUUCAUUUGAUAAAUGAA